CGCGCGUUAUCGUCGUCGGUUCCGAUGCACGCCAUCGCACGUUCUGUCACUGUCGCCCCUGUUGGCGGAUUUCGUUCGGGUGUGAAGCGUAGCCCUCCCUCGUGCAUCGUCGCUGCUGUCGCACCUUCUGUCCGUAACCACGCGACGUCCCGUCCCGCGACUAACGUGGCUGCAUCCAGUGGGAUGCUUACAACGACGACAGUGACGACACCUGAAGUCAUCCUCGCUCUUCAAAACGGGAGUGAUGUCCGCGGCGUGGCGACUGACGGCGUACAAGGCGAGCCCGUGGCUCUCAACGAAGAGGCAGCUUUCUUAAUCGGCACCGCGUUUGUCCACUGGCUCGCGAAAAAAGUUAACAAACAGAUUCCAGAGCUGAAGAUCGCGGUCGGAAGAGAUCCAAGGCUGUCCGGCCCCGCGCUCGUGAGCGCUUUAUUCAGUGGAUUCGUCGCUGAAGGCUUGAAAAACGGGAUUGAUGUCGGUUUGUCCACAACGCCGGCGUGUUUUAUGACUACGAUAACAAAAGAGACAAAUUGCGACGCUGGAGUUAUGCUCACCGCGUCGCACUUGCCAUUCAAUCGUAACGGAAUGAAAUUUUUCACGAAGCAAGGCGGGUUGGACUCGGAGGACAUCAGUCAAAUUUGUACCGCGGCGGCGAAGCGGUGCAAGGAAACCCCAGGCGGGCACCCGGUUUCUGUUCCCGAUGUCGAUGGUAACGUGGCAAUUAGCGGCGUCGUUUGCUCUGAGUAUCUGCUCACGCACUAUUCAAAGAUGCUACGAGAACUCAUCAUCGAGGGCGUGGGCGCAGGUGAUAAGCCACUCGAAGCUAUGAAGAUCGUCGUUGACGCCGGGAACGGUUCUGGCGGUUUCUUUGCAACGCACGUGUUGGAACCUUUAGGCGCGGACAUAUCUGGAAGCGUCUUCUUGAACCCGGACGGUAGCUUUCCGAACCAUGCCCCGAAUCCAGAGGAUCCUUAUGCGAUGAGUUUCGCCCGCGAUGUUACGGUGAACACGGAUGCAGACCUUGGGAUUAUAUUCGACACGGACGUUGAUCGAAGUGCAGUUAUUGGCAAGGGGGGAGACUCGAUCAAUCGGAAUAAGCUUAUUGCGCUGUUGUCUGCGAUCGUUUUGGAAGAGCACCCAGGAAGUACGAUAGUGACUGACUCAGUGACGUCUGAUGGCCUUGCGUCGUUCAUCGAAAGCAAGGGGGGGAAUCAUUUGCGUUACAUGCGUGGAUACAAAAACGUGAUCAACAAAGGCAAAGAGCUGAAUGAGGACGGGGUGGAGACGCACCUCAUGAUCGAAACAAGCGGCCACGGCGCGAUGAAAGAAAAUCAUAACCUGGACGAUGGCGCCUAUAUCGCGGUGAAGAUCAUAAUCCAAGCGGUGAAAAUGCGCGCUGCUGGUGAGGGUGGCAUAUCUGACCUGUUAAGUGAACUCCAGGAGCCACUAGAAGAGAGAGAGGUUCGCCUGAAGAUCAAAGCUGCGGACUUCAAGGCAGUGGGCCUGGCGGUCAUCGACAACUUGAAAAAGGACGUGAAAGCUGGGAAAUUUGAGGGAUACUCUCCCCUGGAUAUUAACUACGAGGGACUGCGAGUGCGCGUGGACGAAGGGACCGGGGCAUUCGGAUGGUUUCUACUACGCCAAAGCCUUCACGACCCAGUCAUGGUGCUCAACUUUGAAUCCGAGGUACACGGAGGUGUAGAAAUUAUGGCGAAAGCCUUGAAAACGUGGUUCUUUGAGAAGGAUUUCGAAGAUGUUGACGUGUCUGCCAUGUGAUGUGUGUGAAUUUUCAGUAUUGAGCUUAAGACCGUGAAAA